AUUCAAAAACUUCAACUCCCUUUCGUGGGUAUGCAAAAAUCUGUCAGAUUCAAAAACUUUAACUCCCUUUCGUGAUCAGAUUCCGGAAUUCGUAUCUGGAAUCAGUGGGUAAGAGAAAACCGAUAGGCAAAAGAAACAAGGAAAGUUGCCAUGGCGACGAUGGCGCUGCCGGUGCCAAAUCCACUCCCAAGCAGGAUCAGCAGCCCAAUCCUCCGCCCCCGCUGGCGCUUUACCACCGCCGCCGCAGCAGCAAGAACCCCUGGCGUCCAACCCCUCCCCGACGAUCUCCAGCUCGUCGCCGACGUCCGCUCCCCGCACAACCACAUCCGCGUCGCCGACGUGUCCCCGCGCGCCGCGGGCCACCCGCUGGCCGGCGCCCGCCUCCUCCUCCUCGACGGCCCCGGCAACAUCCACUCCCUCUCUUUCCCCCGCCGCGCCCACCGCUGCCCGCUCACCGCCACCUACCUCGACGCCUUCGCCGCGCUCCCGCCGCUCCUCCCGCGCCCCUCCCUCGCCGUCCUCGGCUUCGGCGCCGGCUCCGCGGCCCGCGCGCUCCUCCACUUCCACCCGGGCCUCUCCGUGCACGGCUGGGAGCUCGACCCCGCCGUCCUGGCCGUCGCCCGCGACUUCUUCGGCCUCGCCGAGCUCGAGAGGGAACACGCGGCGCGCCUGCGCGUGCGCGUCGGCGACGCGCUCGACGCCGAGGCGCCGCCCGGCGGGUUCGGCGGCGCCUUGGUCGACCUGUUCGCCAACGGGAGCGUGCUGCCGGAGCUCCAGCAGGUGGGCACGUGGCGACGGCUGCGCGGGAUGGUGGCACCGGAUGGGAGGAUGAUGGUGAACUGCGGCGGCGGGUGCGUGGAGGCGGAGGAGGAGGGGAGGGAUGGCGAGGCGGUGAAGGACGCUACCUUGCGGGCGAUGGCCGCGGCGUUCGGGGAGGGGAUGGUGUCGGUGAUGGACGUGGACGGGAGCUGGGUGGCGAUGACGGGGCCACCGGUCACGGCGCCGGAUGCGGCGGCGGCGUGGAAGGCGCGGCUACCUCCAGAGCUGCGAAACUUUGUUGAUAUGUGGAGGCCGUAUGAUAACAGGAGUGGCGAAUGAACUAGCCGGGAGAUUCUUCACUCCUCUCUUCUGUGGUUGGUUUCAACAUUUCAGUAAGUGAGCACACAUCUGAAAUUAUACUACUUUGUUUCAGUCAAUUUUAUUGACCUUGUGGUUGGUUUAAGGAUGCUUACUUGGUGUGUUAGUUUUGAUUUACCAGCCAGUCAAAAGGUUGUAGGCAAGCAAUUGAAACCAUACUAAAAAAAGGAAAAAGAAUUUUUGCCGCUACAGGGUUGCCAAGCAACGCCAACCUCCUCAGAGGAAGUAAGUUCUACAGCGUAUUUCAGGCUUUCAGCUGUGGCAGCAACAAGAGAGGCUCGGCAGAUCUAGCUCAGCGGUAUGUGUUCUUGUUCUUGUUUGUCUUCCACUGCAUCACCAGGUACGCCACUGCCUCAGGAAUCAUUGCUUUCCGACCAUCCUUCUGGUUCCACAGCUCGGGUACGGGAUCCCUCUCGAAGGGACUGUACUCAUGCAUUUCAAGGAGGGCCUUGACAACUAAACCGUGUGCCUCCUCACCAAAUUCAGAUUUUAAAGCUUGCAGCUUCUCAUGAUCUUCCUGAAUUUUUUCCUGUAGGGUCAAAUGAAAAUUAGACCACAAGCAUCUGUCACCAAAUCCCUAUCACCGUAAACAGAAGUUCACCAAUGCCUACCCAAAAGAAAAUGAGUUGAGCAGCGACCGUCUCCCUGGGGACGGAGCGGGAGGAGGAAGGGGAGUCUUUGUAUUUCUACCGUGAUGAGAAGCUGCUGGAAGGAGGAGGAAAUGCGACGCGAGUUACCAGGCGGCGGCGGUCGCUCCGUCUCCCAUUGCCACUGGGGCUCGCAGCGGCCGGGAAGAGGAAAAACCAAUCGCCUGGCUUUGCGAGAGGGAGAGGAAAAGCCCCAGCGAGCGAAUGCGGCGCCGCUGCUGCCUGUGUUGAUGUCAUGAGGCCAGUCUCGAUAUACUCCAUCCCGCGAAGAGUGUAGUUUUAGAAAAUUUCGAACACAUUAUUCAUUCAAAGAAAUGACUCAUUGCUCAUUCAAAAAAAAUGGCUUUGUUACAUCUAAUUGCUUCUACCAAUUGUAAUUGAAAACCAUGUUGUUUAUUUAGUUUUCUGGACCUCAAUAAAUACAUAUGCAUUGGAACUUAAAAGUAAUAUCUACUAAAUAUUUGAUUGGCUCUA